UUUACAAAUUACUAUUUUUCCCGUCACUACUACGGAUUUUAACUAUUAUGGCAACCUGAAUAGAAUUAUAUCGUCAGAGGGCUCUUCAGUCGAAUUUUGAUAAACGCUUUCUCAUUCUGCAAGUUUGUUGAUUCUUCGCUAAAAGAAAAUGUUUCUAACAAGAUCAGAAUAUGAUCGUGGUGUUAACACUUUUUCACCAGAAGGAAGAUUGUUUCAAGUUGAAUAUGCUAUUGAAGCAAUUAAGCUUGGAUCAACUGCUAUAGGUAUUCAGACUUCUGAAGGUGUUGUACUAGCUGUAGAAAAAAGAGUAACUUCUUCAUUAAUGGAACCUACAACUAUUGAAAAAAUUGUGGAAAUUGAUCAUCACAUUGGUUGUGCUGUAAGUGGACUAAUGGCUGAUUCAAGAACAAUGAUUGAUAGAGCUAGAGUAGAAGCACAAAGCCAUCAAUUUCUAUAUGAUCAAAAGAUGCUGGUUGAAAGUGUAGCUCAAGCAGUUUCUAAUUUAGCUAUUCAGUUUGGGGAUAGUGAUGAUGAUGGAAAUGCAAUGAGUCGACCAUUUGGUGUUGCUAUUCUUUUUGCUGGGAUAGACAAAUGUGGACCACAGUUGUAAGUAUAAUUAUUAAAAAAC